AUGUUAAGUCUUCAAAAACCGAAGGACUCAUCUCUAAUUCUGCGAUGGACGAUCCUAGUCCUUUUCCUUAACUUACUCUCAGGCUGUUGUGGACACAAACUCCAGCUCCAUCCCAAUUUGACGGAGUUGCAGAUAAACGAAGGAGAAUCUCUAGAAAUUACUUGCAAGAGCAGCCAUCGCGUGUAUUUUGAUUAUCCAGACAAAAAUGAAGACAGCAUAAUCACAUCUCAGUACAAUAUUACUCGUGAUGAAAAAGAUGGAAUAACAACAUUUCAACGAGCGUCCCUUGUCUUUGGUGACUCUGGCUGGUACAACUGCACUAGUAAGAGGGAUACCAUCGUAGAAAUAAAUUCCCACAAUUUAAAUACCAGUGGAAUAUACAUUUUUGUUAAAACAAAUAGAAGUACUUUUGUACAGAUAUCUAAUGAUCUCUUGAAACGCAAAGUACGUAUUGGUGAUCAGGUAGUUCUGCCGUGCCGUCCAACAUCCCCCAAAUUCAAUGUGACGCUUACAACUCUUGAUGGUUUGGAGCCCCAGAUGGUGAUCAGCAAAAGGGCAAGUUUUUAUCCAAAAUUGGGUUUUGUCAUCCAAAAAUCAGAACUUUCGGAUAGUAGCAACUAUACUUGUGAAGUAAACCAAGAUGGUUUCACGCAAAAAAUAUACGCUGAACUUUUGGUCAUUAAAAAAGAGCAGAAAAAACCAGUGAUUACAAUAAACGGCCUGGAACAUGUCGUUGUUGGCUCCACAUUGAACAUCAGUUGUACAGUUGAGAUUGAAAAAAAUAAUCCGUACAACAUCACCUGGGAGACUCCCCGUGAUUCGAUUCCAAGGAAAACUUAUAAUCAUGUUGAAGAAAACAAAAGUCACUCUAGUUUGGUAACAUCUAGUCUUAUCCUGAACAAUGUUAGUCACGAUGACGAAGCACCAGAUGAAGUUCCAAAGGUUUUUCUUACCGAUGUAAGUGGCUUCAAAUAUUUGUACCCUAUUAACAAGAAUGCAACCUUUAAAUGUAGUAGCUAUGGUUACCCAAAAGCGAAUAUAUCAUGGUUCUUCAAGCAGUGCCCAACAAAUUCUUAUGAUCACUGCAACGUCCUAAAACUGAAGGGCAGAGAAAUUAAAUUGCCGUAUACUGAUGCAGUUUAUUCCAGAAUAACAAUAAACGUUACUACACUUGGCAUUUUGAAUUGCAAAGCUUGUAAUCAUCAUUUAUGUUUUUUAAAACAAAAAGAUAUUUCAAUUGUUGACAAAGAGGAUUUUAAAGAACACCUCAAAAUUGUUAAGGACCAAACAGACUUUUUCGUUGGUGAUAACGUUACUUUUACUUGUGCUUUCAUUAAUUAUAUGUUCAAAAAUGUUGCAUGGUUCAAACGAUUGCCUUUUACAAAUAAUUAUGAAAAUAUGAAUAUCACGGGGAAAAACUCCAGUUACGUCAAUCGAGCUGUUCUCUCAAUUAAAAACGUGCAAAUAUCUGAUCAAGCAAACUACUAUUGCAAAGGGCAGUACGUACAAGGUGGCGAUAUUAAAAAAAGUUUCAACCUCAGAGUCCAAGAACCAGAAACACCGACAAUUAUUCGAACCAAUAUGAAUGACACAGAAAAAGUUCUGUCGUGGAGAGAUGCUCUUAACACAAUUACAUUGCUGUGCAAGACUAAAGGGUUACCAGAACCUGAUAUUACGUGGCAAAAGGAUGGCUCACCCUUAAAGUUAUCGAAUCAAUUCAGUGUAGCGGAAAGAAAUCAGAAAUUGAUAAUAAAUUUUCUCUUUGAGUGGGAUAGUGGAAAUUACUCCUGUCUUGCCAAGAAUCGUUUUGGAAAAGCCCUAAAAGAUCGUUCUAGUUCUGCUUGCUUGAAAGUUGUACAAGGAUUUAAAUUUUUGGAGGAUUAA